GCAUAUUGUAAUGCAUUCCAGCCCAGCUUACAUUGAAACGGUAUCCAUGACUAAAGUCAAAGAUCACAUCUCAUCCAUACAUCAGGGAAUAAAAGGGCCCUAAAGUCUCUUCCAUCACUAAACCAAGCUUGAGCCUUCUUUCACCUCCACUGCACCAAUGGCCUCUUUAGAAAUACAAACUCCCACUGACCCAGAAAAACGCCACGUUAACGGUGAAUACUACGAAGUCGGCGAAGACGAACUCUCCCCAGUUGAGGAAGUCCGACUAACCGUAGCCAACACCGACGAUCCGACCCUGCCCGUAUGGACUUUCCGGAUGUGGUUCCUGGGUCUACUCUCCUGCGCCCUCCUCUCCUUCCUCAACCAGUUUUUCGCUUACCGGACGGAACCCCUCGUCAUAACCCAAAUCACGGUUCAAGUGGCCACGCUCCCGAUCGGUCAAUUCAUGGCCGCCGUGCUGCCCAAGACCCAGUUCCAGAUUCCAUUCCCUGGUCUCGGAUCCAAGAAGUUCUCCCUGAACCCUGGUCCGUUCAACAUGAAAGAGCACGUCCUGAUUACCAUCUUCGCUAAUGCCGGAAGCGCAUUCGGAUCCGGGUCCGCUUACGCCGUCGGCAUCGUUAAUAUCAUCAAGGCGUUUUAUGGACGGAGCAUUUCCUUCUUCGCCGCUUGGGUGCUCAUUAUUACUACUCAGGUAAAGACGGAAGGGUGUUUGGUAAAAAGCUUAAAAAGCAAAUUCUUUUCCUCGUAAAUUUACAAAAAAAAUAAAUUGGGUUUUUAAUGCUUUUUUAAGGUACUUUUAAAAGUUAAAUUGUGAAUUUUUUUAAUUCUUAUAUUAUUUUUUUAAAGAAAAUUUUCUUUUUAAG